AUGCGACACUCGCCGGCGAUGAAGCCGAUCGGUGUGUUAGCGCUGUCCCUGUUAGCCUGUGUGGCCACGGCUCAAAUAGCCAAGCAGUGGACUCAGCGACCCUCCACGCCCGUCAACACCAAACAUUGCGAGGUGGCGCCGCACCACAAAAUUCGUUGCGGUCCCGCCACUAUUUCGAUAUCAGAGUGUGAAAAAAUCGGCUGCUGCUUUGAUGGAAACGUGUGCUACUACGGCAGACACGUGACUCUCCAGUGUACCCAAGAUGGCCAGAUGAUCGUGGUGAUCAGCAGAGAAGCCACGAUACCCCGCGUGGACUUGGAGUCCAUUUCCUUCAUCACCAACGAGCCUGGAUGCCGCCCGGUGGACACCACCUCGGCUUUUGCCAUCUACCAGUUCCCCGUCACGGCGUGCGGGACCGUCGUCACGGAGGAGCCUGGCCUUCUCAUCUAUGAAAACGCCAUGUCCGCCUUCUAUGAAGUUUCUGUUGGAUCGUAUGGAGCCAUCACCAGGGACAGCAGAUUUGAGUUGGCUGUCCAGUGCAGAUACGUUGGCACUUCAGUUUUGGCUCUCAUCAUGGAGGUGGACCCGAUUCCAGAACCCCCACCAGUAGCAGCUCCCGGUCCCUUGAAUGUGCAACUCCGGCUAGGCAACGGCAAACGCAUGGCUAAGGGUCAAAUGGACGAGGAAGUGGUCUUCAACUACUUUUACGUGGAUAGUGACUACCCGGUCACGAAGGAGCUCAGGGAGCCUGUGUACGUGGAGGUCAGGAUACUUGGGAGGACUGAUCCCAACCUGGUCUUGAAUCUCAGGCGGUGUUGGGCCACGGGUGAGUCCUACCCCCACAGCGUGCCUCAGUGGGACUUGCUGGUUCAUGGUUGCCCGUACAGGGACGACCGCUACAGGACCACCCUGGUGCGUGUGGACGAUUCUUCGGGCCUGCAGUACCCCAGCCAUUAUCGGCGUUUUUUCUUCAAGAUGUUCACCUUUGUGUCCACCAUACCAGCUGAUCCUAGCAAGGGAGGAGCUGCAGAGCAACAGAAACAGCUGGCAGCUCCUACAAUGCAAAAGAUUUUUAUCCACUGCGAAACCACAGUGUGUACUCCUCAUGCGGGAAACAACUGCGAGCCUCAGUGCUUCAGAGGGAAGAGGGACCUCGCUGGCAUCAAACAAACAAACGGCCAACCAGACAGCACUUUGGUCAGCAGUUUGGAAAUUCGAUUUGUUGACCCCAACUAA